AUGCCUCUCAAUGAUUGCUUCCUUCAGACCGUGCCCUGCAACGUCUCCAACCACAGUGUGGAUCUCCCCGCGAAUGAGGACUGGUUCCACCGGGGCAUCCUCUAUGUCAUCCCUGCAAUUUACGGGGUCAUCAUUCUGAUAGGCCUUGUUGGCAACAUCACCCUGAUCAAGAUCUUUUGUACCGUGAAGUCCAUGAGAAACGUACCAAACCUGUUCAUCUCCAGCCUGGCUUUAGGAGACCUGCUCCUCCUGGUGACCUGUGCUCCCGUGGAUGCCAGCAGGUACCUGGCCGACAGAUGGCUGUUCGGCAGGAUUGGCUGCAAACUGAUCCCCUUUAUACAGCUUACCUCAGUGGGGGUGUCUGUCUUCACACUUACGGCUCUCUCAGCAGACAGGUACAAAGCAAUUGUCCGGCCAAUGGAUAUCCAGGCCUCUCAUGCCCUGAUGAAGAUCUGCCUCAAAGCUGCUCUGAUCUGGAUCAUCUCUAUGCUUCUGGCCAUCCCAGAAGCUGUGUUCUCUGAUCUACAUCCUUUCCACGAGGAAAGCACCAAUCAGACCUUCAUCAGCUGUGCACCGUACCCACACUCGAACGAGCUGCACCCCAAAAUCCACUCCAUGGCUUCCUUUCUGAUCUUCUACAUCAUCCCGCUGUCCAUCAUUUCUGUCUACUACUACUUCAUUGCCAAAAAUCUGAUCCAGAGUGCUUACAAUCUGCCUGUGGAAGGGAAUAUACACGUCAAGAAGCAGAUCGAAUCUCGGAAGCGCCUUGCCAAGACGGUGCUGGUGUUUGUGGGCCUCUUUGCCUUCUGCUGGCUCCCUAACCAUGUCAUCUACCUGUACCGCUCCUACCACUACUCCAAGGUGGACACUUCCAUGCUCCACUUCGUCACCAGUAUCUGCGCCCGCCUCCUGGCCUUCACCAACUCCUGCGUCAACCCUUUUGCCCUCUACCUGCUGAGCAAGAGUUUUAGGAAGCAGUUCAACACCCAGCUCCUCUGCUGCCGACCUGGCCUGCUGACCCGGUCUCACAGCACCGGCAGAAGCACCACCUGCAUGACCUCCUUCAAGAGCACCAACCCCUCGGCGGCCACUUUCAGCCUUAUCAACGGCAACAUCUGUCAUGAGGGGUACGUCUAG